CUCCAGUGAGAGGCGCGUAAACAGCAUGCGCGCUAUCGAAGUUAUACACGGCUAACUUUAGCUGAGCUGAAUGGACCUUUUUGUGCGUUUCAUUUGAAUAUAUGAGUAUACGUUACGCCUGGGAGGCAAUUAUUAUCAAACAUGGAGCUAGAUGACGACGAGAAAGAGUUUUCAGACCACCCAGUUUUCUCAAGGGUGCUUGGUAUGUUUGACGGGAAUCCAAGUUUUCAACGGAUAUUGAGACUCGGCCUUCGUGCUGAGCUUGAAUCAAAUGAUGAUGAGGAGAUUUACUACAUAGACAAGUGUACAGAAUUACCUUUCCCACCCGGUGAAUACCUAAAAGCAUCCAACUGGUCCAGCGAUGGGAAAUAUACCGGGGAGCUUAAAACACCUGCCAACGCUGUUAAAUUUCCUAACCUGGCUUCAGCCAUGGAUCACCUUCAUUCUGCCUCUGCUCAGUCUGAGGACAAAGAUACUGGAAGGAGAGGCGGAGCAUUACAAGAAGGGAAACAAUACGCCUCGAAGGCUGAGAGGAAACGGAUGAAGAAACAGAAGCAGAAGGAGAAAAAACAGCAGGAGCAGCUGGAAAAAGAGAAACAGAACCUUGUAAAAAAUGAUGAAGAAGAUGGUGCUCAGGCAGAGGAGAGUGAAUCAGGGCAUGGUGGGUCUAAAAGCAAUAGCAGUCCUAGUAAACAGCAGGCUCUGGCUAAAGAUACAGACAGCAGUGAUGGCAGUGAUGAAUCCAGUGAUUUAGACGGAGACACCAAGUAUACCUUUGGAAACUUUGAGGAGUUGGAUAUGACGAGUUCAUUUGUGAGCAAAGCUGCCGAUAUAGCCAGGCGUAAAAUGGAGCUGAAGCCCAAGAAGGAGAAAAAGAAGAGCCCGGUAAAAGAAGAAGCUAAAAGCAGCCCCGAAAAAGAAGCAGUUGUUGCAAAGAAGGGUUCUGCCGUUACCAGCAGCCUUUCUUUUGAAGAUAAUGUUAAAAUUAGUACUGACCUUGCAAAUACAGGAAAUAAGUUUGCUGGUGCUGGAGACUUUAGUAUGGCAGUGAAAUAUUUCACAGAUGCAAUCAAAUACAACCCUACAGAGUUUAAGUUGUUUGGCAAUCGCUCCUUCUGUUUUGAAAAGAUGCAGGAAUACGAGAAGGCACUGGCAGAUGCAGAGUUGUCUCUGAGCAUGCGCCCAGGCUGGGUUAAAGGUCUGUUUAGGAAAGGCAGAGCUCUGGCAGGUUUAAAGAGAUACAAUGAAGCAUGUCUUACUUUCAGAGAAGUCCUCAAACUGGACGGCUCGUAUGCGGAGGCUGCCCAGGAACUAAUGCGUGUGCAGAUAACCCAACUUAUGGGGUAUGGUUUCAGUCGGGAGCAAAGCUCUAAUGCUUUAAUUAUCCACGGGACAGUAGAAAGGGCGCUAGAGGUUCUUUCUAAAUUAAACAACCAACCAGGGACAGUUAAAAAUGGCGCCCUCCCACCGCCUCAAGUAGCCAACAUCAGCGGAGUCUCCCCAGUUCUGUCAGCCACAAACCCCGCUCUUCAUUCCCAGAAUGCACCAAAAGCCCCACUGAAAAACAGACCAUUAGUCCUGGUCCAGAAUACGAAUGUCCAGAUAACGACAAAACCUGUUCCUAAUGAGGCUGCAAGGACCAACAACACAGACCCCGGGCCUGCAGAGGAGCUGUUUCCUGUUUGGGUCGGGAACUUGUUUCAUCCAGUAGCUGAGUCCGACAUUAAACAUCUGUUUACCAAAGCUGGAGUUGUCCACAGCGUGAAGCUUCUGUCUUUCAAACGAUGUGCCUUUGUGAACUUUACAAAACAGGAGCAUUGUGAUGAAGCUAUCCGGCGUUUUCAUGGCUUUGAUCUGAACGGUGCCAAAAUUAUCGUGAGAUACCCGGACAGGAUUCCUGAAGGCAUGGGCAUGUCCAAAUCUGCCCUCAAAGCUGACGACCUUCUGGACGAGAACACAGGCUAUGAGUACGGCGAUGGACGGUAUGCAGCUAGAGGCAGACGACCUUUUCGUCCUUACAGACCCACUCCAGGAGGACUCUACUAUUACUGAGAGAAAACGGGAUGAUCUUCAAAAUAAAAGCAUAUCAUGCAUACUGCCAGUUAAUCACUGCUAUCUACAGAGCUUUAAAGCUUUGGUCUUUUUCAACGCUGCGUAUUUAACCGGACUGGAGAACAGAAACCAAUGCUUUUGGUAAGAGUAUUUUUAAAAAGGGACGUUAGUGAAUCAAAGAGUAUGAUCCCAAUGAUUUAAUCAGUGGGUUUUAUUUUUACUGUUUAAUGUAAGCAGAUCAUUUUAGUCGUUGAAGCUUAUUGCUGCCAAAUAGUAUGGAUAAAAUGGAGGGUAAAUAUUAAUAUUUGAUAUGUUUUAUAAAGUCUAUAAAGGAAGGUACAUUUGUAGAUUACAUAUUACACUUAAACUGAGAUCACAGUUUAGGCAAACGGUGAUCCAGCAUGUUUUACAUGAGCUAUAUUUUACUGGCUCUCAAAGUCUGGUAUCUGAAGUGAUGACACAUUUGCUUGAAAAGGAAUACAGAAAUGAUUGGCAAAUGAAUUGGAUUUUUUUUUUUUUUUGCAUGUUAAUUUGAAAAAGUGCCACGUUACCAAUCUGAAUAAUUCAUUAAUGUGUUCAUUGUUUAAUUUAAAUGAGCUGCCUGCCUUCAGUAACUGUACAGCAGUCAUUUUUACAUGCCUGUGAGUAAAAUGUUGUUUAUUACACAGAAAAUGACAGUUCUUAAUGGCUGACUAUGUGGCAUUGUCAGAGCUUUUGUUUUAAUUUCAGCAAUUAUUAAAGAUUCCUUCAUA